GACGUUCCUCCCGAGGCAGACGAGGAAGCCCGAGAAGAAUCCGUGAGAAGCGGAGCGGGCAGAGGGUAAACAGGAGCCCCAGAGAGGCAGAGAGGAGGACCCGGGCACAGGGGAGAGCUGAGGAGGGCUCUAGGAGAGAAGAAGGCGGGGAAGGGAGGCAGGAUGAGGAUGCUGGUCUGCCGGCUCUGGGCGGCGAGCAGCCGGGCUCUGUUUGCCGAGUUCCUGGCCACGGGGCUUUACGUGUUCUUCGGCGUGGGCUCGGCCCUCCGCUGGCCCUCGGCUAUGCCCUCCGUGCUCCAGGUGGCCAUCACUUUCAAUCUGGCCACAGCCAUGGCUGUACAAGUCACCUGGAAGGCGAGUGGGGCCCACGUCAACCCAGCUGUGACCCUGGCCUUCCUGGUGGGCUCCAACAUCUCCCUGCCCAGGGCCCUGGCCUAUGUGGUAGCCCAGCUGGCCGGGGCCACGGCUGGAGCAGCUCUGCUUUAUGGAGUCACCCCCGGGGACAUCCGAGGAAGCCUGGGAGUGAACGUGGUCCGGGGCAGCGUUUCCUCAUUCCAGGCUGUUGCUGUGGAGUUGGUAUUGACCCUUCAGCUGGUGCUCUGUGUCCUCGCUUCCACCGAUAGCCGCCAGACUGCAGGCUCUCCUGCCGCCAUAAUUGGGGUCUCAGUGGCUUUGGGCCACCUAAUUGGGAUCUACUUCACUGGCUGUUCCAUGAACCCAGCUCGAUCCUUCGGUCCGGCUGUCAUCGUUGGCAAGUUCUCUGUCCACUGGAUCUUCUGGGUGGGACCACUGACGGGAGCUCUCUUGGCAUCUCUGAUCUACAACUUCAUCUUAUUCCCAGACACCAAGACUCUGUCUCAGAGGCUGGCCAUUUUAACAGGAACCAUGGAAGCUGAGAAGACAGAGCCUCAAAAGAAAGACCCAGAGCCCACUUCAGAGGCCACCGAGAUGCCUAACGUGGUGUAGAAUAUUUUGGUUCCAAUCUGUACUCUCCAGUGGUAGGAGGGACGGGAGUAUGAAGUCAAGACUGUUUAGGGCUAGUGACAGCAUGCCAAAUCUGGCAAGCACCUGGCCAAAGAAAUCUGGGGCACCUUGGUCAGGGAGAGGACUUGUGUCCUUGUCUUCCCUGAUGUGGAAGUGAGUUUCAAGGGGAAGUUGAGGGAGGGGAGGGAAAAGAGGAGACAGGAUAUCACUAACCCAUCUAAAAAUUCGAGUCAGAAUAAAGUUCCAGAGUGCAUCUGAAUCACCUUUAUCUCUUAGUGGCUGGGAGAAGCAAGGGGGCUGACUUAGAACCCAGGAGGGAGGUCCAGACUUUUGAAUUAAUUCAACACAACAAUUUAUAUUAAGUACUUACUUAAUACACUUCUGUACUGUGUAUAGAACUUUGCUAGUCAGUGGGGAAGUUCAAAAGAUCAAUAAGAUAGUUAUUACUCUCAAGAAGUUUAGUAGAGGUAGUAACAAAAUGGAGAAAACUAUAAUACAGAACAAGAUAAAAGAUAAAAAAGGUUGUGAGUUAUGUGAGAUUCAAGGACGGAUCAUUUCCCACUUUUGGACAGGGAUCAGGAAAACAUUUGUGGAGAAGGUGGUAUUGAACUGGAGCUUAGAGAGAGGAUGGGUAAAGAUCCAAUAGAGACAGCAUUUCAGGAAAAAAGAACAAAACAAAAAGACUGGUCCCGUAAAAGCCCAAGACCACUAGUAGGGAAUAGCAACUAGUCUUAGUUUACCUGAAGAAUAGGGUAUAUAUAUGAUAGUGAGCAGCAUAAGAUCAGACAAGAUCAACAAACCUUGAGUGGCAUGAGACUAAGGGGGGCCUCAAAUGGCAUAAGGAGUCGAGAUUCUUACACAUAUAGCAAAGGUUCUGAGAAGCGGUGUGGCAACAUUCCUGGGACAGCUAUGAAUGAAUGAAAGAAGAGGCAUUUAUUAAGGCUUGCUACUACUUGUUAGGCACUGCUGGAGGAUAUCAAAAAGCAAAACAAGUCUCUGCCCUCAAAGGGCUUACUUUCUAAAAGAGGAACAUUUAAAGGGAAAUUAUGGCCAGGGAGAGAUGAUUUGGUUUGAGAAAGUAGAGAGAUGGCAGUUAUAGGGCCAUUGUUUUGACAGUUCUUUCCAGGAAUGACAGUAUUGAUCAGAUUGUUCUUGGAACUAUGGGUGGAAGAAGGGCAGUGGAUUUGUUGUGGCAAGAUUGGAACAAUGUGGUGGGGCUGAGACAAAUUACAGAUGACAAACUCCCCCCAAUCAAAAGCCCAGGGCUCUGGGGUUAGAGCUAGAAUGCUAGUGUGAGGCCACAGAGAAUUGGGAUGGCAGAAUAUUAUCAAGAGGGUAAUGGGCAAAACAGAUUGAAGAAGAGAGAGGCUGGAGGCCAUGGGGCCUGGUUAGAAAGAAAUGGCCAUGCUGAGUUCAAAUCUGACCUCAGAUACUUCCUAGCUAUGUGACCCCGGGCAAGUCACUUAACCCUCAUUUCCUAGCCCUUACCACUCUUCUAAGAAGGAAGGAAGGAAGGAAGGAAGGAAGGAAGGAAGGAAGGAAGGAAGGAAGGAAGGAAGGAAGGA